UAUUUCGCGUGAAGGAGGCCAACCUGAGCAGCGAGGCCCGGACGCUGGAUCAAAUGGAAAGUUCAAUCGAUUAAUUUGUCUACUUCUUUUUUUUUCUUUUUUCUUGCAUGGUGUCGCUUGCUUCUGAGACCGACUUUAAAUGCAGGGCGUUUCGUUGUGAAAUAGGAAAUGCAGAGAUCGUGUGAAACGAGAGGAUUAUCAGCUUGACUUUUUUGGUCGCUACUUCGGACGCGGAACUCCUCUCACUAAAAGGUGAAUCAUGACAGAAUAUAAGCUGGUAGUAGUGGGAGCUGGUGGUGUCGGCAAGAGCGCACUUACUAUUCAGCUCAUCCAGAAUCACUUUGUUGAUGAAUAUGACCCCACCAUCGAGGACUCUUACAGAAAGCAGGUAGUGAUCGACGGGGAGACGUGUCUGCUGGACAUCCUGGACACUGCAGGUCAGGAGGAGUACAGUGCUAUGAGGGAUCAGUACAUGAGGACAGGGGAGGGCUUCCUCUGUGUCUUUGCCAUCAACAACACCAAGUCCUUCGAGGACAUUCACCACUAUAGAGAACAGAUUAAGCGGGUGAAGGACUCUGAGGACGUCCCCAUGGUGUUGGUGGGGAACAAGUGUGACCUCCCGUCCCGGACAGUGGACACCAAGCAGGCUCAGGACUUAGCACGCAGCUACGGCAUUCCCUUUAUUGAGACCUCAGCCAAAACCAGACAGAGAGUGGAAGAUGCCUUUUACACUCUGGUACGGGAGAUCAGGCUGUACCGGCUCAAUAAGCUCAGCAAGGAAGAAAAGACUCCGCGCUGUGUCAAGCUUAAAAAGUGUGUUGUGAUGUGAAAGGGGGCGUCGAUGAUGCCUUUUACACAUUAGUGCGAGAAAUCCGGAAGCAUAAGGAGAAGAUGAGCAAGGAGGGCAAAAAGAAGAAAAAGAAGUCCAAGACAAAGUGUACACUGAUGUGAAUAAUCAUCCCUUUUCAAGACAGACUAAAAGCAGAAACUAUGUUGAACAGUUAAAGUAAUACAUUUUGUACAUUACACUAAAUUAUUAGCCUCUUUCUCAAUACCCACCAUACUGAAUACUAAACCUGACCCGAUUUUUCCUGCCUUUCUGUUAUUUGCUACUUGGACACCAAUAAGCUUUAUUUUCAUUUUAGUGCCAGUUGCUCACAUUUGUUGGUCCAAUAGCUUGUUUGAUCUUUUAUAGGAUGGAGAUGAUGUUGAUUUGGAUAAUUUUCUAGAACUGCUGAGCUGUGAGUUAAUUGCGUGACAGCUCACGUCUGACAAAUUAUUCAGUAACAACUUGGAGGAUUUUUUUUUCUUUCCUUUGUUUGAAAAGGUCAUGACCUGCAAAAAUCUGUAAUGCCCUUUUGAAAUGUGGGAUGCCAAAGAAUUAAUUUUCAUCCCGAUCACAUAGACAAAACAGACAUGAAGAAAAGGACCAACAUUCAGCCAGGUGAGAUCCAAAUGUCCCUGCCACAAUGUAAUGUCCCCAUCUCUAAUGACCUCUGGGUAUGACUUAGUUAUGUCACUGAUAUAAGUAUGCAUGCAAACUCCUACUCUUCUCCGAAUGUUUUAACACCCUAAUUAGCUAUGAAUUAAUUUUGCAAUUUGUCAAUGCUUUGUAUUGUGUGGGGAGUGAUUUCUUGCCUACAUAAGAAGUUUGUGUUUUGUUUUUUUCUUUCUGCAUGCAUUGUGUCCUAGAUGGCAUGGGUAUUGCAGACUGCCUCUGGUUGAUACAAUUAACAGAGCUAGCAAUGAGGAACUCUGACCCAAGUGGACAUCAAAUCUAGUUUUUCAGGUUUAUAUACAGUACUCAACGUGCUUUUGUGAGAAUGAAAUUAGCCAUUUUGCUUUAUAUGUGACAAAUUUAAUGAUCCAGAUUUGACAAGUUCUGUGAUAUAAAAAUGUGACUAGAGGCCAGGUUUUGUGAUGGUCAGAGUUAUAUUAUGUUGCAAGCAUUCAGGCCUCGUCACAAGCUAAUGUUGAUCAGCUUGUAACAUAUUUCCUGCUAUUGUUUAUACUAAGGCUUGACCGCAGGAUUAUUUUAAUUCAUCCUGACAAAAAUCAUUUCAUCGCUAUUUGUUACAAGCAAUUAAAGGCAGAAUAAACCUGUGAAUGUCCCCCAAAUAGAGGACUUCAUGUUUAAACGGUAUGCAGACAUUUUCACCUGCUCAUUAUUCAAUGUUUUUUUAAAUUUGAGGAUGUUCGAUGCCUCAGUAGCCCUUACAGGUGUCAUUUUUUCCUAAACUGACUCAUUUGCUUGUGACUGGCUAGAAAGCAGAAUGCAUCUUUUAAACAGCUUUCAGGAAUAUUUCUCUUGGUGUGGUGUUGGAGGUUGUUCAAAAUGUUGUCCAAAUGGAUUUUCAAAUUCAUCCCCUUUUCUUUCUUUUUUUUGCAAGAGUUUUAAGUUGAAUCCCCUAAAGUGUUUGGUGGGCUGCCUUUCAACAGAAAUGACUGUCCAGCAAAAUAAUUUGUCAUUUUCUCUCACAAAGCUUGUGUAUCAUGGUGAUGUAACUGGAACUGAUGUUUUGUAAAUUAGGCAAUAAUUGCCAUAAAAUUGUUUUUUUAGACAAGAUUGUCUGAAUUUAUAAAAAAAAAAAAGAAAAGUCUUAGUUUCUUUGGUGGGUCAACCUGUAUUUCACCUUUUCCAUCGCACUUACAAGCUGUCCCCUGGGGAGAUUUAUUUGCCUUUUUAUGUUUGCAUUAGGUGCUACAUUUAGACGGUAGAAAGAGCCGAGACAACAUUUACUUUGUCUGCGUGCGCUCACGAAAUACACAACAUGCUGUUUUUAGGGGAGUAAUGUUAUUCAGACAGAAAAUCCAGACAUGACACAUUUUUCUUUCAGGAUUAAUGAAUUUUGACCCAAUUUAUUAUUACCUCGUUUUUUUCAUGAAGUAGAUAAUAACUGUUGAUGCAUUUUUAAUUAUGGAGCCCUCUUGUUAACAAUACUGUUUCAAAAGUAAAUUUAUGUUCCUCUUCCUUUAUUGCGUGCCAACAGCUGAUUUCUGAAAUGUAUCAUUUAUACCCUGAUCGUAUUUUAACAACCUUUGUAUAGUUGUGAUACUGAAAGGUGCAUAUUUUGUAAAUUGUGCUUCAUUUCGUUGGUGUGUCUAAAUGAAUGUUGCUUUAAUGGAGUUUCACUCCGCUCUGUGUAUGUGACUAGAGAGUGUGACUGUGUCCAGGUCUAGGGAAGUGAAUGAAUGACCACUUACAACACGCCUGUUGUGGGGAGUGUAGAGUGGUGAUCUCUCUCAAAUGAGUCUAUUUUUUGCCAUGAAUCUCACCACUCCUAUUUAAUGUGUAAUAAAGAACAAAGUAAGAGGA